UCUUGGCGAUCGACUGUUUGACCUAGCGAUGAUUUCAUGACGCUUGGUUACGUUUUGGCAACACAACAUUUGGCUUGGUUGCAUCACUGACGCUAGUCUAGCUUGGCCACCAUUUGGCGAGUUCCACCAUCAAUCUCUAACUUUUCAAUAUCACGUGCUCACCUGCUUCUUCUGAAAUCUGUUCAUCAAGUCUUCAGGUCUAUAUAAGAUCCGAAGAAAAUUUAUUAUCCCAUCCAAUCUGUCUUUCUGAGGCUCUCUUUUCAUUGCCAACCUAAUACACAAAACAAACUAAAAUCAACCAUGUCCACCCAGCUCACGGAGAAAAAGACUGCUUGUGUUGUGGGUGGCACUGGAUAUGUCGCAUCUUUGCUCAUCAAGCUUUUGCUUCAGAAGGGAUAUUCUGUCAAUACUACCGUCAGAGGCCCAGAUGACCAGAAAAAGAUCUCUCACCUCAUAUCCCUACAGGAAUUGGGUGAACUAAAAAUUUUUGGAGCAGAUUUAACUGAUGAAGGGAGCUUUGAUGUUCCUAUUGCUGGUUCUGACAUUGUAUUCCAUGUUGCAACGCCAGUCAAUUUUGCUUCUGAAGAUCCAGAGAAUGACAUGAUCAAGCCUGCAAUCCAAGGAGUAGUGAAUGUUUUGAAAGCCUGUGCAAAAUCGAAAACAGUUAAACGAGUUGUAUUGACAUCUUCAACUUCUGCUGUGACCAUCAAUGGCCAAAAUGGAACAGGUUUGGUCAUGGACGAGAAAAACUGGACAGAUGUUGAGUUUUUGUCUUCUGCAAAGCCACCAACCUGGGGGCACCCUGCCUCCAAGACCUUGGCUGAAAAGCAUGCCUGGAAGUUUGCUCAAGAAAAUAACAUUGAUCUUAUUACUAUCAUCCCUCCUCUUAUAGCUGGUCCUUCUCUUACGCCAGAUAUUCCUAGCAGCACAGGCCUUGCCAUGUGUUUGAUAACAGGAAAUGAAUUUCUCACAAACGCUUUGAAGGGUUUGCAAAUGCUGUCAGGUUCAAUUUCCAUAGCACAUGUGGAGGAUGUUUGCCGAGCACAUAUAUUUUUGGCUGAGAAAGAAUCUGCUUCUGGUCGAUACAUUUGUUGUGCUGAGAAUACCAGUGUUCCUGAACUUGCCAAGUUCCUUCACCAAAGAUACCCUCGGUACAAAGUUCCAGCUGAUUUCGGAGACUUCCCUUCCAAGGCCAAGUUAGUGAUUUCCUCAGAGAAGCUUAUUAGUGAAGGGUUCAGCUUCAAGUUUGGGAUUGAAGAAAUUUAUGACCAAACUCUGGAGUACUUCAAGUCUAAGGGGGUUCUCAAUUGAAAAAUUGAGGAUUUCAUUUCCUUAAUUUCUCAGUGGCAAUAAAUUUUUCCCUAAUAUUCACCUUCUGCAACAUGGCUACUGCAUUAGCGAUCUGAAAGUGGUUAAACAAUUUAGUCUGAAAUAAAUGGGAUGAAUCUGAGAUCUAGUAUGAAAUAAUUAUAAAGCAGCCAUCAGUCCUUUCUAA